AGAUGACCUCACCUUUUGGCCAUGAACGUUUCCGUAGGUUUGAUAACAAAUUGUAAUGGUGUCAAAAUACCUUUAUGAAAUCAAAUAUGAUUUAACAAUGGUGUGUUUUACGAUUGCGAACUUGGAAUCGAUGCAAAUAGGAAAAAGUUUUUUGAAUUCUUGACGAGGAUAAAGCAAGGGCGAUGAGUUGACAUGAGGAGAAUUCACCCUGCAACCGAUGUUAACCAAAAGCCGGGCCAUGAGCUCACAAAAAAAUUAUAUAGAACCAUAAGUGAGCAAGCUAAACGUUUAGAUGAUUCUAGAAGUUGUGCCCGAAACAUAAAGGAACUAUUCACACCAACCUUAACAGUCCAAAGGAAAAAGUUCUGCGAUUACUGCGAACGUUUGAUCUUCUCUGAUGUGGUGCUGUAUGGAAGAAAAACUGAAGAACUGCUCUGGAGAAAAGGAUUCUAUGACGUAAUAUCAACUGCCAAGAAAUUGAAGAAAAAAGAAUUCCAACCCGAAGAAGUGCUCUGUAUCGAGUCCCACAUAAAUGCUGGAAUAGGAUAUUACAAUCACAUGAUGAUGAAGUUACAAUAUGAAUUCGAUCUUGUGCUUAAAAAUGUGGUUGACUUCCAUAUACUUUGUGAGAUGAAAAAAGAUGCUGAUAUAAAACUUGAAGCUACGGAGUGGGCAAAGCAGAGUAUACACCAAUGUUUGAUCUAUCUUGGUGACUUGAAUAGAUACAAAUUAGAUAUUUAUCCUAAUCUUAAUCCCACUCUUUCUGUCAGAUAUUAUUUACAAGCUGUUACUUAUAGACCAGAUUUUGGAAUGCCUCAUAACCAAAUGGGUACUCUAGAGAUGAAUAGAAACCAUUUUCUUGAAGCAGUAUAUCAUUACAUUCGUUGUUUAUCAUGCAAAAUAUCAUUUGAUGGCACUACUAAUAACCUUCUUGGGUUGUUUGAGAAAAACUCCAAAUUUAUUGAACACCUACCCCCAGAAAGCAAUUCAGUGGACUGCAUUAUUGAACUAGAUAAGUCAGAAAAUAUCAAAAGGCUAAUUGCUAGGUUUCUUUUGCUGAUUGACAUAUGGUAUUUCAACAAAAAGGUACCAAAGGUAUAUAACUUGUGCCAUCAGAUAUACAAGAAUUUAGAAGAGUGUCUUGGUUACCCAAAACCGACUGUUAGCGAAUCUGGAGAAGGUCCUAAUGAUAGUGCAUCUAUUGAAACUGACACCAGCAGUGUGUAUCUCAGCAGUGAUAAGGUCUUCAAAAUGAUCGUGAUUUGCUUACUAUGCAUCGCGAAGCUUCGAUCCGCCAAUUCGCCACAACUAUCCACCGCCGUAGCCUUUUCGCUCGGCGUCUAUUCGCUGUUGAUCCAACACGUGGCGAGCCAUAUCCGCGACAGCAUUUUGAACUGUCCCUUGAACGGCAACAUCAAGGCGCACAAAAGCAACGGCAUCCUCAAAGAUCUGAUGAGUGGCGGCAAGAAACGCAGCAGGACGAAAUUGAGGAGGAGAAAGGUAGUGAAAGUGGAGAGUGAUGAAGAGUCCGACGUUAGCGGCAGCGAGAGGAAUGAUGAUUAUAGCAGCAGUUCCGAGGAUUCGUUCAUUUCUGAUACGGAGGAUGUGUUGGCCGUUUCGUCGGACGAGGAAUGUGAUGUUUCUAAGGAGGGACUAGAACUGAAACCGGCCCAAAAACUCUUGAACGGCAUCAAAACGCCAAAACCGAGCCAAAAAGCCAAGGAAGACGUGGUGGAAAAAAUCCAACUGAUGGACGCGAACGAUACGCUCGAGAUCGUCACUGAAGAGUCGUGUCUGGAGAGCAUCCGGAUUCUGAACGACUGGUUAAAAACCGAUACGGAGAUAUUGAAGUCAUGUGCCGCUAACACAAAGAGCGUUUUCAAACAGAUCACCAAUCUGCUCAAUCUGCUCAACAUAAACAUGAGCAGUGCCAAGGUCAUUGGUGUCAAGUUGAAGUUAUCAGAAGUUAUUACCAAGGAAGCGAAGAUCCCUUUAACGGAAGAUAUAAUCUUGAAAGGCAUACCAACAUUCGAGGAGUCUCAAAAAGAAAUUGACUGGAAAUAUUUAGACGAGAGAGGAUUAAAUGCGAAAGAAGAGGCUGUCAUUAGAUCAAUUAAGUUACUGUCAUUCGGAAAGUAUCUAUCCACAUUAGAUGAAUCAGGCAUUAGCUAUGAUGAAGAUAAAAAUAUUUUUGUUUGUGCCAUCGACGAAACCAAAAAGGACGAUAUGAAGAUUUCUGCUGCUCUCUUAGAAGAACUGGACAUGUGCAAUGGUGACGUCAUGAACGACACUGCCACUUCAGCGGCGCCUUCCGGUUCUCAAUCUUCACAGGAUAACACCAAACCGCCACAUCAUAACAACCAUCGUUCGCAACAAUUGAACAAAAUGAAGCAUAUGGGACAACUGUGGCUAGCAGCCGAAGUGCACGCUUUAGAAACUCGAGUUGGGGGUGCUCGACCAGCACUCAGCCCUUACUUGGUCGUUGACGCUGAGGCGCUGAUUGGAAGUUCUCAUGCUGUCAGACACUUGGUUGCUUCUCGGAAAUUUGUGGUUGUUGUACCGACAGCAGUCGUCUCAGCCCUGGAUGACUUGAAACACGAGCGUAUCGAAGCCAGAGACGCGAUCCGUUGGUUGGAGACUCAAUUCCGUCGCGGCAACCGUUUCUUUAGAGCCCAGCGGCCAUACGAGAAAGCGCCUCUGCCUUUCAUCAAAUACCCCAAGAAGAGAGACAAGGAGAUGCACGCUUACAUACAGAUUGUCGAGUGCUGCCACUAUCUUGCCGAACAGCAAAAAGGCGCUGCGAAUUUGGUUACGCUGCUCGUCGGGAACCAGAAUAUACUGGUCAAUGGAGAAAACAAGGAGUUCAGCUACGUCGGUUUGGCGCAGUCCGCAGGCAUCGCAAUCGAAUCCAUCACAGUUUUCUACGCGAAAUGGAAGAAGAGUAAAGGAAAAAGGUGAUGGGAAUCAGCAAUGCCAUGUGGUUGACACAAGCGAUUAUAUUCACACAUUAUACUAUGGCAAGAGUGGAAGUGGAGAGUCUCACACCAGAGCAGCCACGGAUCCAUUUGCAGUAACCGCCGCUUUGGAGAUGUUAUAUCAGGGGAAAAUUAAUUCUGUAUAACAGUUUUUUUGGGCAUACCUUUUAUGUAAUCAAGAGUAGUUCAUUUCGUUUCGAUUAAACUAUUUUAUGUUUCAA